CCUCUGCUCCUGCCGUCCCCGCUGCAGUGCGAAGGGCUCGAAGAUGGCCGGUUGGCAGAGCUACGUGGAUAACCUGAUGUGCGAUGGCUGCUGCCAGGAGGCCGCCAUUGUCGGCUACUGCGACGCCAAAUACGUCUGGGCAGCCACGGCCGGGGGCGUCUUCCAGAGCAUCACGCCAGUAGAAAUAGAUAUGAUUGUAGGAAAAGACCGGGAAGGUUUCUUUACCAACGGUUUGACUCUUGGUGCAAAGAAGUGUUCAGUGAUCAGAGAUAGCCUAUACGUUGAUGGUGACUGCACAAUGGAUAUCCGGACAAAGAGUCAAGGUGGGGAGCCAACAUACAAUGUUGCUGUUGGCAGAGCUGGUAGAGUCUUGGUCUUUGUAAUGGGAAAAGAAGGGGUCCAUGGAGGCGGAUUGAAUAAGAAGGCAUACUCAAUGGCAAAAUACUUGAGAGACUCUGGGUUCUAGCUGCUAGGCAGACUGUUAAGUAUUAGGGGAAAAUUGCUCUUAAAUUUUCCUAGCUGUAAGCUUAAGUCUUAAUUCUGGAAAUUUUAUUAGCAAUGCAGGGUGAUGGGAUAUGAACACAUGUCUCCUUUGUAUCCCUCUGUUGGUGGGGAAAGGUGUCUUUCUUUCUGCCCCUUCCCCUGAAAUAAUUGUGUUCACUUCUGUUUUGUUUCCUUGUGUACUCCAGCAUUGGUUAUAGUCAUGGGAAAGGAAGGUGUCCACGGAGGCACACUUAACAAGAAAGCGUAUGAACUCGCUUUAUACCUGAGGAGGUCUGAUGUGUAAGCAGCCUCUCCCAUCUACCUACCGUCUUCACCACCACCUCAAUUACGGUCACAGUGCUACCAGAUUGUAGAUGGUGGCUAGUUUUUCCUUAUCUAUUUUCUAAUGUCAUGAUCCCCAAAGGGUCAUUUGUAUGUUAACCACUGUGUGUAACCAACCUUGAUCUGGCAUCAUAACUGCAGCACAAUAAUGAUUUGCAUGAUAUCUUGAAAUUGGGGGAAGGGGGCAUGCCAAGUUGGGCAUCACUUUGUCUUAGCAAUUAAUUAAUGGGAUACUGAUUACUAAAAUAAGUUAAUAUUAAGCAAGGUGCCGGUUGUACAAUCUCUAAUUUGAUCAAUGUCUUUUCAGCACUUUGAGCAUUUACUUGGCUCAUUUAGUCUUCCUUUUGUAGCGCAUGGUUGGGAGGAAAAAGUGCAUGCAUCUUUAUUCUCUUCUCAUCCCCUCCCUUCAAACAUGAGGUAUUUGGUUUGCUUCCAUUCUCUUGUGUAGUGCCUGGUUUAUUUAAAUUAAUUAAUACCUCCUUUGUUGACGAGCUAUCGAGAGCUGCGGUGAUUUGCUUUUAAUACUAUGGUUGCACUUGAGACAGACUUUUUGUAGUGUCUACAGGAUAUGAAGAAUGCAACUGUUGAGAGCAAAGGCACUUCCUCCAUGACCUUGCUACAGUAACCACACUGGUCAGAUUCCCAGGGACAUUCUGUCAUUGCAGUAGCUCAGACUUCUUGUCUUGUCUUUGCACACCAGCUCUCUUCUUGAGUAAAAUUGUAAAAGGCUGCCAUUAUGGACAUUAGGUUCCCAACAUAACCAUCUGGAGUGUGUCCAGUUUAUUUUUCAUAGGACCAAUUUUUAUUUGCAGCUUAGGUUUUUAUAUGAAGUUGCAUUAUUGUGGACUUGGCUGUCUUGUGAUGUAUUUUUUUCAUAUGUAUUCUGUGCCAUACUAUUGUUAAAAUGAACUGUUGCUAUUGUGAGAUGGGUUUUCUUUCGAAUGGCACUACUUUAGGGACAUUCUAGUAUUUGCUUCUAUUGUUUGGGCAUUGUGGAUAAUGUACAGAUUUAAAAACAAAUCUUGUUGCUGAUUUGUCCAUUUCUUUCCCUGCACUUUGUUACAUCUGGGAUACAGUCUAACUCAUCUGAUUUAAUAUGCAUUUAAAAAAAUGCCAUAACUAUUAAACACCUUGUUUACAGACAGAUGAAAUAAAUUUAUUCCAACCAAA